CGUAUACAUUUACCUUUGCCAUUCCACAAUCGGAUAAUUUUCCAGGCUGCUCAUGCACCGAUUUAACAUCAGGAACCACAAUUAUCACUCAGAACACUUUCAACGCUUUCUUUGAGAACGCAAGACUCGCUAAGAGUACGGGUGGUGACUGAGCGUCCUCGUCAUUUCAUCCGUAAGAUUAUGGCAUGCUCAAGACCAGCACCCACAGGAAGGGAGUCAGUUCAGGUAAAUGCCGCUCCUAGGAGACCCAGGAUUUUACUUGCUGCUAGUGGAAGUGUAGCUGCCACAAAAUUUGGAAUUCUCUGCAAUUGUUUUUAUGGUUGGGCGGAAAUAAAAGCUGUGGCUACAAGGAAUUCUUUACAUUUCAUCGAUAGAACCUCACUUCCUAGGGAUGUUUUUAUCUACACUGAUGAGGAUGAAUGGUCCAGUUGGAAUAGAAUUGGAGAUAGCAUCCUUCACAUUGAGCUGCGGCGGUGGGCUGAUGUCAUGGUUAUAGCCCCGUUAUCAGCAAACACACUUGGUAAGAUUGCUGGGGGAUUGUGUGACAAUCUGCUGACCUGCAUUGUCAGAGCAUGGGAUUACAGCAAGCCCAUCUUUGUUGCGCCAGCCAUGAACACCUUGAUGUGGACCAAUUCUUUCACGGAAAAGCAUAUCGUGUCACUUGAUGAUCUAGGAAUAUCUCUCAUUCCACCUAUCACAAAAAAGCUGGCUUCUGGUGAUUAUGGAACUGGCGCAAUGGCUGAACCCUACACAAUCUACUCAACCAUAUUAGCAUACUUGCAGUCACGGAAUAAAACCAAGAUUUGGUUAGUUUGAUGUGAAUGCUUUCUUCAACUUCUGAUGGUUACAUGUGGAUCUUAUGAAAUAGUUGAAACAUGCAAGUCCCAUACGCUAACAUGAAAGGAGCACAAACGCCCACCCAAACAAACAGUCUCUUACAUGUGUAGUACAGUACGUCUUACGGAUUUCAUAUGCCUAGAAAUAACUCGUAAGAUUUCAUUUUGAAUAGUAUUUUGUCAAUGCCACACUAGCUAUUGAAUGAACGGUUGGCAGGCAUUAUGAUCCAACAAUGCUGAGUAGGUAAUGAGACACAGUAU